GUAAUCGUACGUACGAGUGCGGUUACGAGUACGAGUACCUCUGUGAUUCCAAUUGGAUUCUUUGUGUUCUUUCACGAAAGGCUUGCACCAAUCAAUCGUGUGGGUGCAACGAUCUCUGGUUGAAGAAGGCGACCGAUGAAUGAUUGGGACCUCCCUCCCCUCUGCUCUCUCUUGCUGCCCGACACCGCGAACCAUCGUUCGAUCGGAACGAGAGAGGUGUCAUUCGUAUCGAACGGCUCGUACCCUACAUGUACCGAUACCUUACGUCCACCGGAUAGAUUCUUUGCCCUGCCGCAAUUUUUUGGUCCCUCGGACGAGAACCACCACACCGCGUGUUUGCAUUCGCAUCCGUCCUCCAUUUCGAUCUCCAUCUCCCCCCGCCCGAUCCUGUCUUCCCGGAGAAUCCCCUCCUUCGGAUCGACGCUCCUGAAUUCAAUACCCGAUUCGUACCGCUAUACGGCACGAAAAGCACGGAGCCCCGCGCCUAUUUUGCGUUCUACACAACUCGUGUCGGACGAAAAGGAUUCGGCAGACCCAAAGGCAAACAACGCAGUUAUUCUCUCUCACCUCGUAUCGGCGGCUGGCCGAAACAAGCAACACAGCGGAGCAGCGGCCAAGAAGAAACCCACGGUUCCCUUCCAUUCGCUUCCCUUUCAUUUCAUUUCAUUCCACUCGGUUGCGUCCACUCGACCGACGAUACUUGCGGCAGCGAAAAAAUACACGUUUCCCGCAUCGAACGGCAACAAAACGAAGCCCAACGAAUCGAAUCGAAUCGAAACAAAGCCAAGCGAAUCAAAACGAAACGAAACGAAACCAAAAAAGGAAUCGAAGCUAGGUGAAACGAAGCAAAACAGAGCGAAUCAAACGAAACCAAACGAAGACGAAGACGAAGACGAAAAGAAAACACAGAAGAACAAACCAAACCAAACCAACACGAAGCAACAAAAAGCAAAACCAUGGUGGCAGCAAACUGCUCUCUCGUGAUGCGGUACGCGUAUUGCCUCGCAGCAAUCGCAUGGAUUUCCUCUCCGACGGUGGGUUCCAUGAAGGUUCCCUCCGCGUCGGUGGCCCACAAGGGACGCGGGUUGAUGCGGYCGAAGCGGCAACAGCAACAGCCACAGCGGCGGCAGGAACAGCAGCGMGAAUYGCACCGGGGGCCGCUCGGCUUUUCCCUUCGGUCCUCGACGAGGGAAGACCUGGGCGAGGGCACCAUAUCGGAUUCGCUGGGCAUGGUCGCGGCCACCGGCAAUCGAGACACAGGGGACGACGAAAACGACAACGAAAACGACGACAACGACAAAGACGAUCCCGCCAAGGCCGCUGCCGGCGAAACCAGCAACGACAACAGCGGAARCAGCGACGAGGUCGUCAUUGCCCUGCUCGAGCGGGACGGGGCCGCCCUGGAUCCCCUCCCCCCCGACCGGGAACUCGCCUCGGCCCGCUGGAGGCGCCGGAAGCAGGUGGCGGCGGGCCUGGUGGCCUCCAUCGCAACCACGGCUUGGAUCGCGUCGGAGGGAUGGCUCCCGGGCCCGGCCGGGGGGGGAGCCUACACAUUGGCCAUGAUCGCCCGCGACGCGGGSAUGGCGGGCCUCACCAGCGUCCUGGCGGUCGCCCUCAACCGGGGCAUCACCACCGGCUUUGAGAGGGGGGCCUACGGCUCCAAGACGGCCCGCAAGCUGACCCACAUCCUGUCGGCCCCGCUCUUCAUCGCCACCUGGCCGUUUUUCUCGGACGCGGCCGGGGCCCGGGUCUUUGCCGGCCUGGUCUGCCUCACCAACAUGCUCCGGCUCUACCUGGCGGGGACCGGAGACGCCGCCGAGUCCUCCCUGGCMCGGACGAUCUCCCGGAGCGGGGACAAGCGGGAGGUCAUGCAGGGGCCCUUUAUCUACGUCUGCAUCUUCCAGGCCUUCAUCCUGGCCUUUUGGAGGGACUCCUUCCCCGGCGUCGUCGCCAUGACCACCAUGGCCGCCGGGGACGGGAUGGCCGACGUGGUGGGCCGCCGCUUCGGGAGGAAGGGCUACAAGUGGCCCUUCUCGGACGGAGAGAAGUCCCUGGCCGGGACGGCCGGCUUUUUCGCUUUUGCCCUGGCCGGGAACCUGGCCGUUUGCUCGUGGCUGGCGGCGAACGGGUGCCUCGAGACCUCCCUGGGGCUCCCGGCCCUGGCCCUGCGGAUCGCCGGCCUCUCGGCCGCCUGCGCCGUAGUGGAGGUCCUCCCGGUCGGGGACGACAACUACACGGUGCCGGGGACGGCCGCCCUGCUGGCGGCUCUGUGGCUCCGGUAAAACAAGGAGAGUCGGCACGGCAGGGCAUGGAAGAGCGGGGCAGAGGGAAGGAACGGCCGUCACCGGACACUUGCCACCAUCGACACGCACACACGAGAACGAAUUAACGCGAGGCAAGGAAAGGCAAAAAAAUGGCUUUGCCGCCGGGGAUCGAAAGCUGCCAUUCCGGCAAAGGACCGGGAGGCGGUCGGCACCGGAUCGCACCUCGUGUGGCAUUCGGAAACACGGUGGCGUUGCCUCGCACCCGCUGGCAAUCGACGACGGACAAAGCAAAACCUGUGCCAGCAGCACUCUUUUCCAUGGAUUCAUGCAUCCACGCUAGUUCUUGAACAGCAAUCCUAGACCAGUGUCAAAUCCAAUGUAACAAAACAUGUAAUACUUAUUUCUUAUCAUUUCAACGAAAAAUUCCAUCUCGANCGGACGAUCUCCCGGAGCGGGGACAAGCGGGAGGUCAUGCAGGGGCCCUUUAUCUACGUCUGCAUCUUCCAGGCCUUCAUCCUGGCCUUUUGGAGGGACACCUUCCCCGGCGUCGUCGCCAUGACCACCAUGGCCGCCGGGGACGGGAUGGCCGACGUGGUGGGCCGCCGCUUCGGGAGGAAGGGCUACAAGUGGCCCUUCUCGGACGGAGAGAAGUCCCUGGCCGGGACGGCCGGCUUUUUCGCCUUUGCCCUGGCCGGGAACCUGGCCGUUUGCUCGUGGCUGGCGGCGAACGGGUGCCUCGAUACCUCCCUGGGGCUCCCGGCCCUGGCCCUGCGGAUCGCCGGCCUCUCGGCCGCCUGCGCCGUGGUGGAGGUCCUCCCGGUCGGGGACGACAACUACACGGUGCCGGGGACGGCCGCCCUGCUGGCGGCUCUGUGGCUCCGGUAAAACAAGGAGGGUCGGCACGGCAGGGCAUGGAACAGCGGGGCAGAGGCAAGGAACUGCCGUCACCCGACACUUAACGAAUA